CAGGGGUGUGGGGGAGUGGGUUGUGGGAUUUGAGAGGAGGUAGGUCCUGUUGCUCUCCCCCUGAGCCCCACUCUCCAGCUUAGUGUUUUUUUCUUUAGGGUUAUCCAGAGGGAGGCCCUUGCCCCCUCCCUGUCCCAGAUCCAGAAAGAGAGGACCCAAAUGGGAAGGCGUCCGAGGCAGAAAGUCCCCAGAGUGGUCAUCUCACCUGGCCCUUCCCUAGGCAGAGAUCUUCUAUAACUUAGGAUUCCCUCGGGAGAGAAGACCGUGUGGCCACGAGUCUGGCUGGGCACAAAACAGACUACAGACUCAGCUUCCCUGUAUGUUGGGAGGCUCCAAGGAGGAAGUAGCACCAAUUACAGAAGGUUCUGUUGGGAAGCGGGCCUGUCCCGUUCUCCUAGGGUCCUCGGUUGGGAGCCCCAGGGGCUUCCAGAGGGUGAAGGGGAUGGGCAAGCUGGUUUUCCCUGAUGCUAGGGUGGGAGUCCCACCCAAACUUUCCACCAGAAGCCAGCCUCGGGGAGGGGGCGGGUGCGGGGGCUUCCUUGUGAGAAGAAUAUGCCUGUCCUUCCCAGCAACUUUCCCUUGAUCGGGCUUCUCUCCCUCAGGGAGCCCAUUUCACCACUCUGACCUUUGGUCCAAAGCAGGAGGCAAGCCCUCACCCUACCUCUUCUCUCUCCCACCCCAGCCUCCCUCCCUGUUCCCUGCUCACCCUUCCAGCUCCUCCAGUCUCUGUACCAUCUCCCACUCUGCUGGAAGGGUGUCCACAGGGGACAUUUCAGGUGCCAAGGUGCCGAGGGCCUGUGCUGGCCUAGGGCUGCUAACAGGAAAGCUGCUCUGUUUCUCCCCCACCCCCCGCUUUUCAUCCUUGGUCUUUCUGGCCCUCCUCUCCUUGGAGCUGGCUGACUGCAGGGCUUUGGUGCCUCAGCAGCAGUGGGUUGCACUGCUGUAAAGGGCCCUUUGGAGGGUGCAGGGCGUGAGAAGUUUCUCUCAGGUGUGUGUAUGUAUAUGGGGGUGGGGGUGGAGGGCCCCGGGGAGUGGGGUUGGGAUCUCAGCCUUCCCUUCAAGAGGCAGGCAGCUGGGGGUGGGGGGAGGAACUCACUGAGACCCAGGGCCACCACUGCCUCCUCCACUGGCCUUGGGGAGCUUUGCACAAGGAGACAGCCCCCAGUCUACUAGCACCUACCUCAUGGGCACUGGGGCAGGUGGGGGGAAGGGCAGGUCCAGCUCUGGCAAUGUUGGGGGGGGCAUACCAAAGAAUCCAGGGGCAUGGAUGUGGGGAGGACAGACUUGGCAAGCUGGUCCUCCUCUUUCUCUACCCAGACUGGGGUUGGGUUCCUCUCCUCCAGCUGUAACCAUUUCUACCUCAUUUUGCUGCGUGUUGUACAUGGACGUAUUUAUCUCCUGUCUGAUGAUGCUCUGCAGUUGUGGUCUGUCUACCUCAGAAGAGACUGUAUUUUAAAAGAAAGUAUUACACAGUAUUAAAGCGAUGACAUGUGGCUUCCAGAGAAUUUCUUGGGGGCAGCAGGAUGUGGGGAGCCCUUGGGGAAUGCUUGGGCAUCCAGGGCUGCCGGGCAUGUGGUCCUGUGGGCGUUUCUAGUCCUUCAGCAAACCAUUACUGUGGGUCUCCCGUUCCUCAUUUUGGCACAGCAAGUGCCUACCAAGUAUUGGGCGCUAAGGGCACCAGGUGAAAAGCCCCUGGAUAGGGAAGGCCCUCCUGUAGUUAUGAGCUCCCAGAGGCUCAGAAUUGGGGCUGACUCCUAUCUGCAGAGCCCCAAGGUAUGAGGAGAAAGAAGGGCUCACACGUUUGGUGAACGAGUGAAUGGAUGAAUAAAUGAAUGCUUGGAGAAAAGGGGGCAGCUUGAAGAAGAAGGUGCACCCAGAAUGUGGACAGCGGCCCUCAUUGGCUUGAGCUAAGAUCAGACUUUGUUCUUGGAGGGAGGGAAAGGGUGCAGAGGGCAGGCUAUGGAAAGGGCCUAGUUCCAGUCUUCAGGGUCACGUGGGACCCUUUGUCCACCACCAUCUGUCAAUUCCCAAACUCUGUCUUUGCCAGCUUAUCAUAAACAGAGCCUGAGAAAACUAGGAAGGAAGGAAGACCUUGCUGAAAAAGUUGUACGUAGAUACCUGUCAGAGGUGCGGACCUACAGUUUCCUGAGGUCCUUGAAUGCUCUAAACAAUAUUAUUGAAAAUGCACCAAAGUGCAAGGAUUACAGUACAUGUGCACAGGGGCUCAGGGCUCAGGGCCACCCUGGGCUUUCAGGAGGCAAAGCAAGCCCGAGGGGAGAGCCUGCAAAGCAGUUUCCCCCGUAAGAGAAACAAUUGUGUGCCUGGAUAAGGGGGGCUCUAGGGCAUUGCCCCAGGACUCAGAGACCAACCUGUCUUGGCCCCUGGAGGCCUAGACACUGUGCAGACACUGUGUAGCCCUGAGGAUACAGAAAUGGUUAAGCACAGCUGCUGUUCUGGAGAGCCCACAAUACAGGGUGAGAAAAGCUCAAAAAUGGAUUGAUUAUUAUUAUUUUUUAAGUAGACUCCACACCCAAUGUGGGGCUCGGACUCAGGACUCUGAGAUCAACAGUCACACACUCUACUGACUGAGCCAGCCAGGCGCCCCCACAAUGGAUCAUCUGAAAAUACAACUGGAAAAAGCUGCUGGGAAGGGAUCAUAUGAAAAUCGUAUAUUCUCACGUUUGGUACAGUAUUUGGUACGUGGAAGACACUAAACAAAUGCUGGAUAAGUCCUUCAAUUAAUGAUUUUCCAGAUUAAGUGUCCCAAUGGAGGAUGCACAGGCUGUCUCAAUGCCCAGAAGAGAUUCUAACCUGCGGUGGUGGUGGUGUGUCAGAAAAACUUCCUGGAGGGGGUACAGCCCAACGAAACUGGAGGCUGGAACCCACCAUGGGUGUGAUUUGUUACAAGAGCAUCAAGUGAGGGCAGGAGUGGGGGGAGUGGGGGUUCGGGGGAGAAAUGAGGCUGGAUGGAUCCUUGGGACUGUACCACCUUAGCAGGAGGAACUUUUCAUGCCCUGUGAAGAGCCCAGGAUCUGAGAUGAAGGUCAUGGGUGCGUGUUUGGACAGGGACUGAUUUGCAAGUCAUGAAUUCACACACACACUGAUUGAAAACAUCUUUCCUGAACACCUACUCUGCACUAGUUGCUAUAGGGACAACAAAAGGACCUUACAGCCGAAUGGAGGAGACAGUAAAACGGCAGAACUGCGGUGUGUUGCAGGAGAGAAUAAGAGGGAUUCCUAGUGGAGACGGGCAAAGGGUGUGUGCUGGGGUCAGAGAGGGCUUCCCAGAAAGGACCCACUCUGGCUGAGGAGUGACUAGGGCAGAAGCGUGUGGGCCAAGAGCCAAAGGGGAGCCAGACCCGAGGUUGCUCAGGAAACAAGGCCAGUGACUGGGGCCCCAGCGUGUGUGCAGUGGGAGUGGGCACUUGAAUAGCUCACCUUAUCUAGACAAGAGGAGAUGAGGGUCUGGAGGUACCUGUGGGAGGGUGGGAAUUGGUAGAGUCUAUAAAUAUUUGGUAGUCCGAGAAUUCGGGAUUGGAUAUUGGAUAAUGGGGAGCAAGGGGUCUAGGGCUUGUGCUGGAGGCUGAGGGGUUACAAAUGGGUUAUUAGAGAUGUGGGAGACUUGCUAAGUUUGAGGCAUUAGUGGGAUGGCUGGGAGUCAGGCGUUGGGCAGGCAUUUUAAUAGAAGGGCCCAGGAUUCUAUCCUAUCCUAGGGGACUGGGUCUCCCUCCCUCCCCCCGCUACCCUUGGGUGCUGAACUCCCUCCAAUUCCUUUUGAUUCCUAGUUUCUGGGUGCUGGGAGAUUCCCACGAAGCCCCGAGUAUCAGCUGCCCCCUGGCCCCCGGUCCCGGCCGGCGGAAGCCCCGCCCUCUCCCCUCCCCCGCCGCCAGUGUCAGGCUCCCCUCCCCCACCAUGGGUGUUCUGAGCUCCUCCCCGCCCAGUCGGGUCACAGACGGCGAUGGCAACGGGGACGGCGACGGCCGCGCGGGCCCAGGCCCUGGCGUUGGCGCUCUGGGGCUGGGCGCUGGCCCCGGCGGGGGCCUUGGACGCUAUGGGCCCCCACGCGGCCGUCCGUCUGGCCGAGCUGCUGACCCCGGAGGAGUGCGACCAUUUCCAGUCGCUCCUGAAGGUGCCCGAGCCGGACGUCGAGGCCGAGCUGGCCCGGCUCUCUGAGGACCGGCUGGCCCGCGCGGAGACGCCGGGGCCCACGUCCAAGCCGCCGGGCAGGCUGUGGCGGCUGUGGCGGCGGCGGCGGAAGCGGGCGGCGGCCGAGUCCGCGGAGGUGUCGGACGGCUGCCGGGAGAGGCUGGCGGACUGGCUGGCGGCCGAAGCCUCGACCCUCUCUUGGGACCGCGUGGCCCGGGCGCUGCGGCGCUGCGGCCGGCCGGACGUGGCCCGGGAGCUGGGCAAGAACCUCCACCAGCAGGCGACGCUGCAGCUGCGCAAGUUCGGCCAGGCCUACCUGCGCCCGCCGGCCGCCCCCGCCCCCGGCCCCGCCCCCGCCGCGCCCCCGGCCUCGGCCCCGCCCCCGCGCCCCCGCCGCGCCGCCCUCCCGGAGCCCGACUGGGACCAGCUGCAGCUGAUCGUGGAGCGUCUGCCCCAGGCACCGUACGAGCGCAACCCCGCCGGCUGGGUCGGGCCGCUGGCGCUCGGCCUCCUCACCGGCUUCGUGGGGGCGUUGGGCGCCGGGGCGCUGUUCAUCACGCUCACGCUGUGGCUCACGGGCGGCGACGGCUACGGCCCGGGCCCCGGCCCCGGCCCUCCCCGGCGCAGGCCCGCCCAGGCGCGCGGCGGGCGGCCACCCAGGCCGCCCCUGUCUGCAGGGCAGCUCGAGCCGUCGAGGGCCCGGGCUGCACGCGGGCCGGUCCCCCCUCGCCUCAGUGCCCCCGGCCGUAAAACGGGAGCGCAGCCCCGGCAGAGUGCCGUCUUCCCCGUAUUAUAAACGUUACCAAAUACGCAAAG